GCACUCAUGGAAGAGUCUAUCUGGAUGGGGCGAUGAGCCAAUAAAGAUUAAAGAUCCCUCCCUCGUUAAUGGCAGCGCCUUGGACGCCCACCUCUGAAACUGAAAGGGGUUGAACUUCGCAGAAAACCCUAAAUUUCUAGGGCUCUGUUACUGUACUAAAGGUCCUAAAAGUUCUAGUCCAGAACUAUAUUACUCAGAAAUAAUUUUUUUUUCUUCCAAAUUGAUAGAUACAAGUGGAGAGGUUUGGAUCUUAUCUACUCGUGCAGUCGUGCUUGCAACUGUUUGGGUUUUGCGAUCUUUUCUGAUUAUUUUUCCCUUUUUUAUUAUUUUAGUGGGUCAUUCUUGUUUCUGUUUUGUGGUUUGGUUUUUUCGUGUUCUGGAAGGAACGGAUGAUGUAUAUAUCUGUAUUCAUUUAGUUCAAUUAACUGCAAAUUCUGUCAUUUCUUCUCCGCAAGUUGAAGCUUUGAAAGGGAAAGGGACAGGGACGGAAGUGGAACCCAUGGCGUUACUUGGGUUAUCUUCAUCUUUGUUAGUAUUACUCCCAACUGAUCGAAUCUAUGGAUUUUGGUUUCUUUUUGUGCGAUGAUCUACUUCUUGGUUGCUGAAUUGGUGGAUCCAUCGGCGAUACUUGUUGGUCUUUUCCCAUUUUGAGAUAGUGUCUUCUAGUACUAAUGUGUGAUUCGCAUGAAAGCUAGGGUUUUUUUUUUCAUCUUCUAAGCUUUUGAGGUUCUUCAUUUUUUGGGCUCCGGUUUCUAUAUCUGUUUAAAGUUGCUGGCUUGGGAGGUAAUUGUUGAAUAUAAGAUUGGGUUGAUGAUAGGGCGUGGGAUUGGUGAGGAUUGGAGGUUUUAGGGUAUGUGUGUCGUGCUAUUUGACUUGUAGAGGAGGUGAGAGACGGAGUAUAUGUCGCUUAAGAGCAUCAUUCAAGACAUGAAGGGGGAUUUUGGUAGCAUCUCGCGAAAAGGGUUUGAAGUGAAGCUGGGUUAUGGGUUGCGAUCGAGAUCACAUCGGGUGGUUCAGGAUGGUAUCGUCCCAGUCGAUGCUAUGAAGCAGAGUUGUUGGGCUAACAUGCCACCAGAGCUUCUGAGGGACGUGCUUAUGAGGAUAGAAGAAUCGGAGAGUGACUGGCCACCCAGGAAGCAUGUGGUUGCUUGUGCUGGGGUUUGCAGGAGUUGGAGAGAAAUCACAAAAGAGAUUGUGAAGACCCCCGAAGUCUCCGGCAAGCUGACAUUUCCGAUUGCCUUGAAGCAGCCUGGUCCUAGACAUUCCCUCUUCCAGUGUUUCAUAAAACGGAACCAAGCCACCCAAACAUACCACCUUUACCUUGGAGUUACUCAAGCUUUAACUGAUAACGGCAAAUUCCUUCUUGCUGCCCGCAAGUGUCGACGUCCUACUUGCACAGACUACAUCAUCUCUCUAGAUGCUGACGAUAUGUCCAAGGGGAGUGGAACUUACAUUGGGAAGUUGAGGUCAAACUUUUUGGGGACCAAGUUUACGAUCUAUGAUGCACUGCCUCCUCAUGCUGGUGCCAUGGUUGCAAAUAGUCGCUCCACUAGGCUGGUGGGUUUGAAACAGGUCUCUCCCAGAAUCCCUGCUGGCAACUACCCAGUAGCGCACAUAUCAUAUGAGUUGAAUGUUUUGGGUUCCAGGGGUCCAAGGAGGAUGAACUGUAUAAUGGAUGCCAUCCCUGUCUCUGCAAUUGAACCUGGGGGUGUCGCCCCUACACAGACUGAAUUCCCUCUUAGUAAUAUGGAUUCCUUCCCUUCGCUCCCCUUUUUUAGAUCUAAAUCAACCCGUUCAGACAAUGUACCGUCAGGGCCUUUAACUACGCCAAAAGAUGGAGUGCUUGUGUUAAAGAAUAAGGCUCCUAGGUGGCAUGAGCAGCUCCAAUGCUGGUGUCUGAAUUUCCGUGGACGGGUGACGGUUGCUUCGGUGAAGAACUUUCAACUGGUGGCUUCGCCAGAGAAUGGACCCGCAGGGCAAGAGCAUGAGAAAGUCCUCCUUCAGUUCGGGAAAGUGGGGAGGGACUUGUUCACCAUGGAUUAUCGGUAUCCACUCUCUGCAUUCCAGGCAUUUGCUAUCUGUCUCAGCAGCUUUGACACCAAGAUUGCUUGUGAAUGAAAUUCAGCCGUGUUUGAAGCAUCUUCCUGGGGUUUGAUGAGAGUGUGAUGGAAAGUAAUCGGAUAUCAGCUAUGCAGUGCUAAUGCUGAGGUUGGUGGACUGCAAUGGAGCUGCUGCUAGUUUGUCUCUCCUGAGUCUCCCUUUUCUGUUUUUCUUUCUUGUAUAUUUUGGUUGGUGUACAUAAAUAUUUAUGGAAGAUUGAGACAAUCAGGUCGAGCAAUUGGGGUUUGGACUCUUAAGAAGCUUUUGUAUGUGACACUCAUCUUACAAACUAAACCAGAGGCUCGAUUUUUUUCC